UCGAAUGGCCUUAGUUUCACACUUGCAAUCUGAAAGUGAGUUACAACAUACGCGCGCGUGUGUCUAUAAUUGCUGAUAUUGAGUUUUAUUCAGUGAAGUGAUCUGUGUGAAUGCCCUUGUUUUCACUCAAAACACAUAGCUGAGGAAGAAGCCACCUGAUCAACCUCUCAGCUUCUGCACACUUUAUUCAGGUGGUGAUGGACUGUCAACUUCUUUCUUCUAACUGGAGCAAGUGCUUAUGUAAAUCGUACCAGACUUGUCAUUUUCAAAUAUUUGGUGUCCAGAAAUAUUUACGUCAUCAGUCUUAUUGUUUGCGUUCAGGAUCUCUUCAUAAUGCUAUAAGAUGUUCAAUGAAGUCCUAUAGGCUAUCAGAGCUUACUCAGGCUGAGGUUCAUAACCUCAAGGCUCGUCCUCGUAUUGAUUUCUCUUCCAUUUUCAAUAUAGUUCACCCAAUUGUUGAGGAUGUCCGAGGUAGAGGCGAUGCUGCUGUUAAAGAUUUUACUGCACGAUUUGACAAAGUUGAACUAGACAAGAUAGUUGAAAAUGUCAGCGAACUUCCAGAUCCAGAGCUUGAUGCAGCUGUUAGAGAAGCAUUUGACGUAGCAUACAACAACAUCUAUGCAUUUCACGCUGCGCAAAGAUCAGCUGAGAGAACCAUUGAGAACAUGAAAGGUGUUAGAUGCAAACGAGUGGCACGGAGCAUUACCUCUGUAGGUCUUUACGUUCCUGGUGGAACUGCAGUUUUACCUUCAACGGCUCUGAUGCUCGCAGUCCCUGCGCAAAUUGCUGGGUGUAAAACUGUUGUUGUUGCAACUCCCCCAGCUCAGGAUGGAAGCAUCUGCAAGGAGGUACUUUAUUGUGCUAAGAAAGCUGGUGUGACUCACAUUCUCAAAGCUGGAGGAGCUCAGGCCAUUUCUGCAAUGGCUUGGGGGACUGCGUCAUGCCCCAAGGUCGAGAAGAUAUUUGGUCCUGGAAAUCAGUAUGUCACAGCUGCUAAAAUGAUUCUCCAAAACAGUGAGGCUAUGGUUUCCAUUGACAUGCCUGCGGGGCCAUCAGAAGUUCUGGUUAUUGCUGACAAACAUGCCAAUCCUAUUCAUAUAGCUGCAGAUUUGCUUUCCCAGGCUGAGCAUGGCCCUGAUAGCCAGGUUGUUCUUGUGAUUGUUGGGGAUGGUGUGGAUCUAGUAGCUAUUGAGGAGGAAAUCAGCACGCAAUGCAAAAGCCUUCCAAGGGGCGAGUUUGCUUCAAAAGCGCUCAGCCACAGCUUUACUGUGUUUGCUCGUGAUAUGCUUGAGGCAUUGUCCUUUUCAAAUUUAUAUGCACCCGAGCAUCUGAUCAUUAAUGUAGAAGAUGCAGAGAAGUGGGAGAGUUUCGUCGAGAAUGCAGGUUCAGUAUUUUUGGGGCAGUGGACACCUGAGAGUGUGGGAGAUUAUGCAAGUGGGACAAAUCACGUUCUUCCAACUUACGGUUAUGCACGGAUGUACGGUGGGGUGUCUCUGGACUCCUUCCUGAAGUACAUAACGGUGCAGUCAUUGACAGAGGAAGGUCUUAAGGAGCUUGGCCCUUACGUUGCAACCAUGGCCGAAGUUGAAGGGCUGGAAGCACACAAGAGAGCUGUAACUCUUCGACUUCAGGAAAUUGAAGCAAGACAGGUUCCCAAUUUGAGAUGAUAUGAAUGGUCACCCAUGUCAUAUUCAUUUUCGGUGCUGACCCUUUUUGACUGACUCGCUCUCUACCAAAUGCUAGAGAAAAAUUGCCGCAUUUAUAGGUGGCUUGCUUGUAUUCUAAUUUUGUAACCAGAACACUAGUUUUAAAGGAACACAAAUUGAACUAGCGUUGAGGGAAUUUUAUAGCCAGGAAGGUCUAAUUUGGCACCUCUUUGUGCAUCUUCAUUUUUUAUGAAAUAUGUAAGCUUCAACUAAAUUCAUAUACUUUUUGGUUCUGCAGAGAACUCUACUUUCCUUGUCCUGUAUCAAUAUAUCAUAGUGUGAUUAAUUCUGUCAA